UGGCGAAGAACGAGGUGGAGGAAAUGAGAAAAGUGUUGGAUAGGUUCGGAGAAGAGACGAGGAAAAAGAAAACGUACUUGAGAGCAGAAAUCGAGGAACUUGAAAUUCGUAUCACCGAAGUUCAAGAGGCCAGGGAUGAAUUCGAAGAAGAUGUUGUCGAGAAAGGUGUGAACCGUAUCACCGGAAAGAUUCCAGCCGAGAAAAUCGUCAGAUUCGUCGAGGAGUGGCUACGAUCGGCGAACACGAUAAUAGAACGACUGAGGCUGAAAAGCACGACGCUGAGGGCGCAGAUGAAAAAGGCUGGACAACAGCUGAUCCAGAGGAAGGAGCUUGGCGAGUCGCUUCACCCGGUUGACUUUGAACAAUUGAACAUCGAGAACAAGGAUUACGUAAAGAUGAUCGAGGAGAAGAAUCGCUACGUGAUCGGGAUGAAGAGAAUCGCAGGUCAUUAUCAUUUAAAAUUGACCCAGAGAAAACAGAAGCUCGACGAUCUUCUGUCCGCUUUAAAUCAAGUGAAAAAAGAGACUGCAAUGAAAGAGGAACAGAUCAAAAAGUUUAAGGCUGAACUGAAGAUUGUGAAGGUGAAGUUGAAGCAAAAGACCAUACUGUUGAAGAAUUUAUUGACCUUCAUGGAGAACCACACUGCACCAAGUAUUCUAGAAUUCGUGUACCUACAAGCAGAUUUCCAGGAGUUAGAAAAGGCUUUCAAGCGCCUGCAGAGACGCAGAGACAUCGAUCGAAUAAUAUAUCAAACCUAUAAGAAAUUGAUGUAUAAAAGAACUCGCGGGAGUAUAGAUUACAACUUUUUAAAAGCGAAAAAGAUAUCCGACACGAGAUAUCCUGUUCAACCAGUGUUCUAAAAUCCCACACCUACUUUUUCCUGCAAUUUUGGCUCGUCCUCUGUAAAAUCAUUCCCGCUUGCUGGAAACGGGAAAAU